AUGGAAGCAGCAGCAGAACAAAUCCGCCAGGCAUACGCCAAGGGCAAUGCCCGAGAAAGGCAACAAAUCCAGGAACAGAUCCGAGACCUACAGAAGGAUCUCUACAGCGACUGGGAGAUGAUGUUCAGCCUAGCUAUGGCACCUCUUCAAUGGGCUCUCAUCGACGUCGGUAUCGAUCUCAACAUCUUUACCACGCUCGCCUCAUCGACAACAGCAGUAACACACGAUGAGUUCCAGCAGAAGACCGGCGCUGCGCCGAAUCUACUCGCGCACUUGCUUCGGUCCAUGGCAUCGUUUGGACUCAUCGCAGAAGUUGAGAAGGAUACAUUCGCAGCAAAUCGUGCGACACGCGUCUUUGCCAAUCCGCACGUCAACGGCGCCGCGCCGCAUCUGUCGAAACUCCAUCUGCCGGUUAUGCAAGCACUGCCUGGCUAUUUGAAAGAGCAUAAGUACCGGGAUAUCACCGAUUCCAAAGACCUGCCUUUCCAUGCGGCCAUGAAGACUGAGCUUACACCGUUCGAGUGGAUGAAGCAGGAUGGCGAGCAGAUGAAAGCACUCGGUCAUAUCAUGGUGCUCGACUCUGUCGAUAGCUGGGUGUCUUCAUAUCCUGCUCAAGACGUUGUCGGCGACUUCCAGCCCGCGGACGACUCUGCGCUUUUGGUCGACAUCGGCGGAGGCUUUGGUCAACACUCCGUCGCAUUCAAGAAAAAGUUUCCCGAACUACGCGGCCGCAUCGUCGUUCAGGAUGUGCCUUCGACACUUGCGCAUGCGCCUCACGUGGAUGGUAUCGAGUUCCAAACCCAUGAUUUCUUCACCUCGCAACCUAUCCGCGAAGCAAAGUUCUACUUUCUCAGACAUAUCAUGCAUGAUUGGACGGAUGAAGACUGCAUUCGCAUCCUCUCAAACAUCGUUCCUGUCAUGGGUCCGGAAUCGCGCAUCUUGAUCGAUGAGGUGGUGCUACCGGAGACGAAGGUGCCUUGGCAGGUCGCUAUGAUGGAUCUUGCGAUGAUGGCGUCGCUGGGCGGCAUCGAGCGGAGCAGGGAGGACUGGACGAAGUUGUUGGAGAGCGCAGGACUGAAGAUCGCGGAUGUGCAUUGCUAUGACGAGGUGAGGUAUCAUUCUGUCAUUACGGCUGUGCCGAAGUGA